UGGAGGAAACUGCAGCCGUGAUGUCAUCCUGACAACUUGUUGCUUUCUGAGUUUUGGGUUUCUUUUUGGCAUCUUGAUUUUUGGAGCACUGAACGAGACAGUUUUCUGACAUGUCCCGGGCACCAAACCCUGCAGGACAACUCUGAUCCUCUGACUUUUAUGGGCUGCCACACCGACGUCAGUCUCUGCGCUUCACUGUGAAGAUGGCGGAGGCUGCGGAGACACCACAACACCGGUUUUUCUGUCACUGCUGUAAAUGUGAAACUAACCCAGAACUCCCGGAUUUCGUCUGCCCCAGAUGUGACUCUGACUUCAUUGAGGAGGUGACAGAAGACUCCAGUCUCCUGCAGGACAGCAGAUCUGCAACCAGUGAAGAUUCAGACACACUGUUCUCAGAGUUAUGGCAGCUGCUGUUUAUGGAGCGCUCUGCUCUGCUGUCGCAUCCGCCCUCCUCAGAGUCCGACCCAGACGACAGCGAGCAGGUAUCUGCAGGUCAGAGCCGUCCUUCUCCGGUGUCACCAGGCACUGCUGAGGUCGGAGAACCAGAGUCUCCUUCCCAGCCUGAGCAAGAGAGGUCGACCAGGCCUGAACAAAGGCCUGCAGUGGAAGGGAUCGUGCAGCAGUUCUUGGCCGGCCUGUUUGCCAACAACGGAAACCCCGGAGCUGCACCAGCCACACUAUCCAGCAUGCUACAGUUGUACGCAAACCCUGGAGAUUACGCAUGGGGUCAGGGAGGUCUGGACACUGUCAUCACAGAGUUGUUAGGACAGUUGGAGAGCACUGGUCCGCCCCCUGCAGAAAAGGACAUGAUCUCAUCACUGCCAACGGUUUGCAUCUCUCAAGAGCAAACAGACUGCAGGCUGGAGUGUCCAGUUUGUAGGGAGGAGUAUUCAUUAGGGGAAUCUGUCAGGAAGCUACCCUGCCUCCAUUACUUCCACAGUGAAUGUAUAGUGCCUUGGCUGGAGCUGCAUGAUACCUGCCCAGUGUGCCGAAAAAGCCUUGACGGUGUCGACAACAGCCUCCCGCCCACGUCAGAACCUCCAGAAGCCCGCUCCAUCAGGACAGAGCAACAGGAGAGGCAGGCGAUCUGAGGAACGGGCCAAGCAACUCUACCUCCUUUACUGUUUUUAAGAGACACGCUUCUCACCUCAGACCUUUUCCCCACCACCCGCCCACUAUACCUGCACCAACUGCUUUUAAAUAAAAUACAGUACACGCAUCACUGUUAGAAUUUGACAUCACGCAUCGUUGCUAAGGACCUUUAUGUUUUUCACUCCAACAUCUUCACCAUUUCUAAGCUACGCGCACACACAAAAGGACCCUGAAGUUUGCAAUCAAGAUGUGGAGGUGAUGUGUCCUUCUCGCGACGGUGCCCUCUAAGGUGGAUUUCUCAAUGACUGACUUUGAUGUCAUGAACUAAUUACCACUGAGCUUUAUGGGUUUGCAGAGUUAUGAAGUAACAACUUUAUCAUUGAGGUUCUUGGUAAAACAAUUUCCUGAUGCCGUAUAUAUUUUGAGGACCUUUUUCCACCCAGUAAGAUUCAACGUUGAUCUCCUCAUCUAUUUAAAGCUGUUAUUAAAGCCUAACCCUGUGAUCCUCA